GUAGGCUUUCUUUUAAACAGUAUGAUUGGGCUUGCCUACUCGACGGUCAAAUAAUGUAAGAGAUCGCGUGAGUUUGGAGUUCCGCGUGAUCAAUCAGCAGCUUCCCGUUGUUUCUAGAGUGGACAGUGAAGGAGGAAGAUUUUUUUCCCCCACUGGCUGUUUGCACAUGCAGUACUCAGGAAAGUUAAAGGAGCACGGUCUCGAUGGAGGGGAUGAAGGGCACAGAGUAGGAGGGAAGCUGAUGGUCCUCUCUCAUUAUCAGCACGGUUUUCCUGCACUGAGGAGGACUUCAUGCGGAGGGGGAGGCGCCCAAGCGAGGCGAGCGGCACGACUGCUGCCUGAAUUUAACAAUUAACCUUGAUGAACACUGAUUGCUUUCACUUAACAGGCGCAGGUGCGUGUGGUUUGCAAAACGGCGCAGCUGAGCGAUUCCACAUUUGUGACUGAACACUGACGCAUUUUAUGCUAAACACAGAAACUACAGGCUGCCACGGAUAGAUAAUAGCAAUUGCAGCUGAUUUUUUCCCCCUCUUUCCACGGGACAGGAUGCAGGUUGCAAUAGGAACCCAUCCGACACACGUCCUUUUGCAGAAUCCGAAUUCAGGGGCGCCACUGAACUGAUUUGGAGACGUAUAUCGGAAUUUGACCGCCUUGUCAUUGUCCAUUCACCAGUCCCGGGCAGCUGAACGGCAUCAUCUCAGCAUCCGAGACAAGAAGGGGGGAAAACCUUCCGCUUUACUACUCUCCAUUUGCGCACUGGACGGCUUGAAAUGAGGGUCGCAUCCCGGUUGUGUUCCGUGUGAAGAGGCAAGCGAGGUGGCAGUUUCUUCGGCUCAAGGACGCAAAAAGUGGCCGCCGGCCGAGGUGCGAAGCAUGGAGCAGCACGACACUGACACCGCGACCCCCUCCAAAAAGACAAUAAUUGCGAAGAUAUUUAAAGUUCGCAAGAGGAGAGAGAUGUUAUUCGUGCAGGUCUGCUUUAUCUGCAGUGUCCUGUUCGUAGCGUGGAGCAUGUCGGCACUACUGACCAAGACAGGCCAUGGGAUGAUUGUGGAGGGACAUCCCGACCAUGAAAUCUGGGGGAGACGGCUAAUGGCUUCAGUACCAGAAAAUGAAACUGAGGAGAAGAACUGUUCAGCGCCAGCAAUACACGAGUUCCCCGACGACUUUUUCACCAACAAUGAACGGAAGAGUGGAGCCAUUCUGCUGCACAUUGCGGCGGCUCUUUACAUGUUUCUGGCGCUUGCUAUAACAUGUGAUGAAUACUUUGUGACAUCACUGGAGAAGAUCUGUGAGAAACUAGAUCUAAGUGAAGAUGUCGCAGGAGCCACCUUCAUGGCAGCUGGCAGUUCUGCACCAGAGCUUUUUGCAUCUGUCAUCGGUGUCUUCAUCACCCACGGUGAUGUGGGGGUGGGGACCAUCGUUGGCUCAGCGGUCUUCAACAUCCUAUGCAUCAUUGGUGUCUGCGGGAUCUUUGCUGGACAGGUGGUGAUGCUGACCUGGUGGGCUGUUUUCAGGGAUUCCUUCUAUUACAUCCUGUCUGUUGUGGCUCUGAUUGCAUUCAUCUAUGAUGAGAAGAUAGUUUGGUGGGAGAGUUUGGUGCUGGUGCUCAUGUAUGCAGGAUACAUCCUCGUCAUGAAAUUCAACUCCAGCAUGCAGAAGUUUUUCAUGGGAAAGUCAAACAAAAAUGUGGCAAAUGGCAACGCGGCAGCCAGCAGUGAGAUGGAGGACGUCAAGCCUAGCAAAGCUUACAGCCGCGGCUCUGUGGUGAUGGUGGAUGAGAUCAUGAAUGCAAGCCCUUCAAAGUUCAGGUUCCCAGAGGCUGGCCUCCGUGUCAUGGUGACCAGCCAUUUUGGACCCAAGACCCGCCUGCGCAUGGCCAGUCGCCUCAUCAUUACAGAGCGCCAGAAGUUGGUGCAAGCUGCCAAUGGUGUGGAGACACAAGUGAUCGACGGGAAGGUUGAAAUCGAGAAUGGAAACGUGCCAGAGGACAAACCCAGCGAGGUGGUGGAAAAUGACACCAUCUCACCUUUUCAUAUUCCAAGGGGUAUAGGCAGUAAGUUUAAGUGGCUGAUCUCGUGGCCUCUGCUCCUGCUGCUGUUCUUUACGGUCCCAAACUGUGCCAAGCCUCGCUGGGAGAAAUACUUCAUGCUCUCUUUCAUCCUGUCUACUGUCUGGAUUGCAGUCUUCUCCUACUUUAUGGUCUGGAUGGUGACCAUAAUCGGCUACACUUUGGGAAUUCCUGAUGUUAUCAUGGGCAUUACUUUCUUGGCGGCAGGAACCAGCGUCCCAGACUGCAUAGCUAGUCUCAUCGUGGCUCGGCAAGGUUUGGGAGACAUGGCAGUGUCCAAUACCAUUGGCAGUAAUGUCUUUGAUAUUCUAGUGGGACUUGGGGUUCCCUGGGCGAUGCAGACCAUGUGCGUUAACUAUGGAUCAGUGGUGAUGAUUAACAGUCAGGGGCUGCUUUACUCAGUGGUGCUUCUCCUGGGCUCUGUGGCCCUCACGGUGCUGGGGAUCCACUUCAACAAGUGGCGGCUGGAUUUAAAGCUGGGCGUGUACGUCCUCGUCCUGUAUGCCGUUUUCCUCUGCUUCUCUAUCAUGAUAGAAUACAACGUCUUCACUUUUGUCAACCUUCCCAUGUGUAUGGAAGAGUAGAGCACAGCAGCAUGCCUCGAAUACCAAAACCUCAAGGCUCCCAUAGCAACCCUCAAUUUUCUUUUCUACAAUAACACGGACCUAUCAGCAGACUGUUCUCCUCCUCCUUUGCACUCUCUUCUUUGUAAUCCUCUUGUCCCAAAUAUGAAUCAAAUUUACUUACGAGGCAGUAAGCUGUAAGAAUGGAUGCCGUUGUACGUCUCAAAUUUGUCUCCUUGUCACACAGUGCCGGUCCUUAAUGCCCGUUAUUUGGGGCAUUGCCUGUUACUGCAGUAAAGUAUUUAGUUCCUCUGUGCGCCUGCUAUCUUUCUACCCAUCUAGCAUGCCUUUAGAUGUUGGGGACCUUCAGAAAUCAUAAGUGCCCCUGUUAAUUGUUGGUGUGUUUUCAAUGUUCACGUUGUAGAGAUUCACACACCAUUUCCAAAGCCUUUCCACAAACCAAAAGAGUCUGUCGAGGAAAAAGGAAAAAAAUAAAUAAAAAAUUAACAAACCACAAACCUUGAUCCCAAUCUAAACCCUCACAGAGAGCUUUCCUUAAAGUAAUUCCUUAAAGAUUUACCAAUUACCCAAGAACCCAAAGACUCACUCGCUCUUCAGCUUUCUGGAGGAGGGUCUUGUCCUUGGCAGCUCCCCUCCUCCAGCUUGGACCUGACUCUCCUGGCAUGGCCUUUGGCAUGAGGGAGCAGCUACAGUUAGUGCUACACUUCACUCACUUGCCAUGUGCAACUCCCAACCCUCUUCUGCUUGAUCAAAUGUUUGUUUUCUUAAAAAAAAAAAGACCUUUUUGUCUGGACACUUUGUGUCAAGUUGUAUCACAGUCCAGAUCCGAUGACUGUGAGAGGUGUUAUGCAUAUGCAGCACUGCACAAUGUAAAUUUGUAAACACUUUUUUUGUAUUUUUUUUCAAAACAAGGUUUUGUUUAGUAUGAAAUACGGAAGAGAGCUUGUUGCAAAUAUUGGACAUUGCCUGUUUUUCACUGAAACAAAUUGCACAUGGAAAUGCUUUUUGUUGCUUUCUGCUGUAAGGAGAUUUGACCACUCAGAGGUACUGGCUGGCAGUGGCGACUCCACUCCAGCUUUAUUUUAGUUUAGCAAUGUGUCAAUCCACUUUUCCCUCCGCACAAGUUCAGAAAGACAAACGGACGACUGGCUCCACAUCUGAUCUUUCUCAUCAGGUGGCGUUCUCAUUUUGAGACUGCAUCCGCAUGAAGAUAUUUGUUCCAAAAGAAAACCAAACAGAAAAUGCAAAGAAACCAGAUGGUUCUCAACACUGUCUGCUAUAUCACCUUCUGGCCAGUAGGGACUACUGCAGCUCCUCUUCCCAGAGCAGAGGGGGGCAACCACAGCUGUCAGUUAUCAGGGAAACACAGAGGUGGAGAUGGUCUCUUGAUUUUGAGUUACAUGUAGAUACUGCACUUUAACAGCCGUCCUCUCAUUCUGAAUCAACUAGUGCUUCCUUAUGUGCGUGUGUAUGUUCAGUGUAUAAGUGUCCGUGUGACUGUGUGCGUGUGUGCCAGAGAACAUUGAGUGCAUGUGUGCGGGCCCACGCUACGUUUCUCACACCGGACUCGAAAACAGACCGGGACCUCGUUAACAACAUGAGCACACCUGUCUGCAGUGCAUGCUGGGACAUCUAAAGCAGCUCCUCCACAGCACAGCGAAAGGCUGAGGGCCUCUGGGCAUGUCAACGAAUGCCGCCCUGCCCACUUUUACAAAAAACGGCAGCUACGAGCCACACUGCAAUCCAGACAUUUUGACAUCAUGCAAAAAUGCCUGUGAGGAGUCCGCAAGUGAGGCGCAGAGACUUAAAAACUAUGUUCGUGGAGAGUGUUAAGUGUUGAAAAUAUCCCUCUGCCCCAUUGUUGGCAGCAGGCACUUGUAUAUGCAAUCUCAAUGUAAAGAAUUUGUGACAGAAGGACCCCCUCCCCCCUGCAAGAAUGCCAUAUAAGGAUGGAGGGGGGAACCUUGAAGAUGUGAUGUCAGUUUGUCUACUAGUACUUGAUGUGUGAGCUCACAAGUGUGUUUGUGACAGCUGAGGAACUCGGUGCAAAGGGUGGAAGUGUCUGGAGCAGUGGCUUUGUGGGUAGUCUGGUGUCUCCUCUUACACACAAUCCUUUGUCGUCUUUCGCCACUCGCAUUAACUCCUCGCCAACCCUGGCUCGAGGAGGUCGGGGGUAGCAGCGAACAUGGGAUGGUGGCAUGAAUGGCUUUUCUCAGUUGUUGUCGUUUUGGGGUUUGUUUGUUUUUUUUGUUUGUCCCCCCCCAUUAAAUUCCAGAGUGAGAGCAGGCUCUAAAGGAUUUUUUUUUUCUCUCUUAAAGAAUUAAAAAAAAAAAAAAAAAA